UCUUUCAACGGAAGUUUUAAACAUGUAUUUCAAUAUUUGGUCUAUUGAUUCAACGCAUUAAACAUAAUGCAUAGGUUGCCGCCACCGACUCCCAGUCCGGUCAGCACAUACGGCUCCGAUCUCGAAUACAAAGGAUAUGUCGGCUCGCAAAUCCUGCGCAGGUCGCAGCGGCUGAUCGACAAGGAAAAUCAGGAAUUGGCCAGGACUGCAACUCCAAAAUGUCAUUCUCCGCAAUUGUUUGGGGAAUCCGAUGAUAUUUACAGUCAGCUACUCUGUCAGCAGGAGAAAUCAUCGUCUAAAGUGGUCCACUUGAAGAAAACUGAUGAGGUGCACCCAAAAUCUGUGGAUCAGAUUGGGCACGCCAAAGCUCCGGUCAAGUUGGUACACCUGAAUGAACCAGAAUCCUCCGAUAAAAUUAUCCACUUAAAACAUUCGAAUCAAAUCCUAUGCUUGAAGUCGUCAGUUAAUAUUCAGACCUCAGCGAAGAUUCUGCACUUAAAGCAGCUUGAGGAAGUCCCGAAAGCUGAUCCCCAGAAAAAUGUCGAGAACUCUACGCCAUCAGAGGACAUCAAGAAAACAUCCAAGAAACUCCAGGAAGCUGUACCCCAGAAAAGCCGGAAAAGGAAGAGCAUCUAUCAGCCGAGUUCACAGCCAGCAGCAAAGAUACGUUCAAGAACUCCGUUAAAUCGCCACGCAGCAGUCAAGACACCGCUCUCCAAAAAGUAUUUAAGCUUAUCCCCGACCUCCUCCCAAUCAAAGCUUCCUUCCAAGUAUCCAGAACAUUUUGACAAGCAGCUGAAGGACAUUAAUUUGCAAGUUAAAUCGGAGCCGGCGCGGGUUCCACUUCAGGAUUUGUGUCCCACUCCUGAACGUAGCCCUAUCGCAGCCACACAUGGCGGAAUUUGGAACAAAUCGUCCCCAACUGUGGAUUCUGAGUGCUCCUUGACAAUCUCCUUGAGCGAUUCCAUAUGCGAGAUCUUCGGUUCCAAGGAUGUUAAUGACAUAUUGAAUAUUAAGAGUCCGCGGCAGUAUAUUCUAAUCGAGGAGCAUCUGCCGGCCGUGGCCACCAUGCUGAAUGUGGACGUGGAUCGCCUGCGUAAUGUUUUGGAAAUUACGCAGCGUUUGAGCCACGAGCAGAUUUUGGGAUUUCCCAUAAAGACGGAGCCAGCAUCAUCAUCUGCCGAUGGUUCAGUUCCAAAUUAGUGAAUCCUUCAGGUCUAGUUCUUAACCAUUCGCUAUCUGUAUACUUCUUGUAGGUUAAUAGGGUUAAAUCAUGUCCCAGCUCAUUCCUAGAGUAUCUGGA